AUGGGUUUGGAGACCAGUUGCUUGGUGCAGCCAGGCGCGCCCAGGCACCAGAUCGGCGGCUAUACUUCCACAGGCUGCUUCGUGCCAGGCAACAGCUGCAUGGGCCCGGGCAGUGCGUGUAUGAAUCGCCAAGAUGCCCGCAAUGUGAAGAACGGCGAGGCGAGGGCAGGUGCCCGUGGCCACGGGCCGCUCCUGGAGUCGCUGACGCUUCGGCCCUUACCGACGGGUCCGGGCCCCUUCUGUGGACCCGAUCGGGGCGUUACCCUCGAGGCGAAGUACGCCUCCUCAGAGGAAGCCUGCAAGGCCGCCAAGAAGUUCGCGGUGUCCGGAGACGCGCAGCAGGCGCUGGUCGCCUACUCCAACGCCCUUGAGUUGGACGAGAACAAUCCCUGCGUCUGCGACGACUUCGGACAGUUCCUGCUGGCCCACGGACAGUUGGCUGGUGCAGAGUACCUCUUCACCCGAGCCGUGUCGUUGGACCCACAGAAUGCCCAGUAUUGCUACCGCAAAGGUGUGGUGCUGCAGCAGCAGAGGCAGCUGAAGCAAGCCGUAGAGGCCUUCACUGCAGCCUUGGCUUUGAAGCCUCAGUUUCUGGGUGCCCUCUUCAACCUGGGCGUGGUGCACCGUGAGCUGGGCCAAGUCACGGUUGCAGCCGAGCAGUUCAACAGGCUCUUGCAGCUCAAUUCCGAGGAUCCCUGCGCCUUGGCCAUGCUCGGCGAGUGUCAGGCAGAGAUGGGGGACUUGGAGAGCGCUGUGAGGUCCUUGGAGGGAGCUGUGCGCCUGGAUCCCGAGAACCGCUCUGCGGUGAAGGACUUGAUGCGCCUCCGCCAGCAGAUCGGACGCGUGUGA